CUAGGCGCUUAGUGGUGAUUAUUCGUGGGAAAUUAAAACUAAAGUUUUCAGUUUAGUAGGUUUAUUAUUCCAGCGGUACCGCCGUUAAAAUAUACGCUGUUGUCCUCAGAACAGAUAAGGAUUGACACCGCAUUUCAUAAAUAUAAUACUCAGUCCAGUUUACCUACCCUUUCUCAGAACGCAAUAAACGAAAACGAAACUUAAGGAGCUGAGUUGCUAGCGGAAAUACACAACGAUUGAAGAUUAUCGCUCGUAUAUGUGAUAGUUACCGUUCAUUGUCUUCAAACUAGCGGUAGCUGGCUAUCUGGCAGUUUGAGAAAAUGGCAUUCUUCGGCCAACAGCAACCAUUUUCCAAUCCGGGAGUCCCCUUCACUGGAUCUAUCCAGGGAGGGCUACAGGAAGGCAAGGUGAUCACCGUGUCUGGUCGAGUCCUGCCCCAGGCCCAGAGGUUCCAUGUGAACUUUCAGUGUGGCUCAAAACAAGGUUCAGAUAUAGCCUUCCACUUCAACCCACGCUAUGACAGUAAUCCUGGGUACGUGGUUGCCAACACCUUUAAGCAGCGAUGGGGCACAGAGGAACGGAAACAGCAGGCCCCCAUCCCCCGUGGUUCCAACUUCAUCCUCACCUUCCUGGUCAACCGUGACUUCUACACGGUGACUGCUAAUGGGAGCCAUUUCAUGGACUUCAAGCACCGCCUCCCCAUUGGGCACGUGGACACCAUCGCUAUAGAUGGGGGUGUAGUGGUGAACUCAAUCUCCUUCUCAAGCCCUCAGAUUCCAGCGCAGCCAGGAUUUGCUCCUCACUAUGCAGCACAGCCAGGAUUUCCUCCUCAGUAUGCAGCACAGCCAGGAUUUCCUCCUCAGUACGCAGCACAGCCAGGAUUUCCUGGUUUUCCACAGCCAGGAUACCCAGCUGCCACAAUGUUUUGGACCCCAGGGUUUGCUAUGGCACCACCUCCCUAUGCCGCGCAGCAAUCCUUUACUAUGCCAUACAAGAGCAUCCUCAACGGGGGGAUGGUGCCAGGCCGUCAAAUCACCAUCCACGGCAUGGUCAGCCACACUGCUCAAAGAUUCAGCAUCAACCUGCGCUUCAACUCGGGGAUCGCGUUCCAUUUUAACCCCCGUGUGGACGAGAAUGUGGUGGUGCGAAACAGCUUCCUGAAGGAGAAAUGGGGAAAUGAGGAACGUGGCGGGGGGAUGCCCUUUUUCAGGGGACAGCCCUUCAUGGUGACCAUCAUAUGCAAGCCCCUCAACUAUGAAGUGAUGGUCAACGGUGCCCAGAUGUUCAACUACAACCACCGUCACACCGUCCUCCAGGAGGUGGACAUCCUGGAGGUGAAUGGGGAUGUGAGCUUGACCUCUGUACUGGUCUGAGCUAUGACCACAAGGCCCACCAGCAGCCCAUCAUUCAGAAUCAUGUUAAUAUCAGUUAUCAUCAGUAAUCAGUUAUCAUCUAUCAACCAUCUAUUUUUAAUCAGUUACCAGUUGAAGCAGGAUUUUGACAAUCGCAUAAAAUUCUACUGCAUUUUAACCAAAACAAAAAGAAGAGAAAGACCCUUCAUGUGAGGAAAUAUGUGUGUGGUUUGUCUGUAUACUGGACUUGCUUGCAGGGCUA